CGAGAGCUGCUGUACGCCUCUUCUCCAUCUCAUCGACACAAGCAUUAUCUUUGUAACUACAUUGGUUGUGUCUGCCAUCGAAGAAUUCAAUGGGUAAAGCGAAGGCGAAGGGAAAGCAUCGUUUGGACAAGUACUACCACUUAGCCAAAGAACAUGGUUAUAGGUCUAGGGCUUCAUGGAAGCUAGUCCAGCUCAAUUCCAAGUUCAGGUUCCUCGAAUCCGCACGCUCCGUCCUCGAUCUCUGCGCCGCCCCCGGCGGCUGGAUGCAGGUCGCCGUCCAACGCGUCCCCGUCGACCACCUCGUCAUCGGCGUCGAUCUCGCUCCCAUCGCUCCCAUCCGUGGUGCCAUCGCCAUCCAGGAAGAUAUCACCAGGCCAGAGUGCAAGUCUCGAAUCAAGAAGCUCAUGAACGAGCACGGUUGUCGCGCGUUUGACGUUAUAUUGCACGAUGGUUCGCCCAACGUCGGCGGCGCGUGGGCUCAGGAAGCAAUGAGCCAGAACGCUCUCGUCAUCGAUGCGGUUAAGUUAGCCACACAGUUCUUAGCCCCCAAGGGCAUAUUUGUCACUAAGAUUUUUAGGUCGCAGGAUUACAGUUCUGUGGUGUAUUGCUUAAAGCAGUUGUUUGAAAAGGUUGAGGUGGAUAAACCCGCAGCUAGUCGUUCUGAAUCUGCUGAGAUAUAUGUUUUGGGGCUUAGGUAUAAGGCCCCUGCCAAGAUUGAUCCGCGCCUUCUCGAUGUCAGGCAUCUCUUUCAGGGAUCCGUGGAACCGCAGGCAAAGGUGGUGGAUGUGCUUAGAGAUAAUAAGCAAAAGAGGCAUCGUGAUGGCUAUGAAGAUGGAAUCUCAACUUUAAGGAAGGUGUCUUCAGCUGCAAAUUUCAUUUGGUCUGAUGCUCCUCUGGAGAUCCUUGGUUCAGUCACUUCCAUAACCUUUACUGAUCCAGCUGAUUUACCAAUCAAGGAUCAUGAUUUAACCACUGAAGAGGUAAAAUCUCUCUGUGAUGAUUUGAGGGUGUUGGGGAAGCAAGACUUCAAGCAUCUUCUAAAGUGGCGGGUUCACAUUAGAAAAGCUCUUUCCCCUACUCAGAAGCCUGAUCCUCCUACUACAACAGAGAUUGAAAAUGAGCAUAAGGUGGAUGAAGAUGAUAAAAUACUUAACGAAAUGGAGGAACUGACAUAUGCAAUGGAUCGCAAGAAGAAACGUGCGAAGAAGCUUCUUGCAAAAAGGAGAGAGAAGGACAAGGCACGAAAAGCAACAGGGAUGCAAAUGGAUGUGAUGGAAGAUGGUUAUGUUGAUCAGGAGUUAUUCGCUCUUUCCUCUAUAAAGGGUAAGAAGGAUCUGGUAGCUGUUGACACCACUGAAUAUGAAGGUGAUGAAGGUGACAUGGAAGACAGUGAGGAUGAAGGAAUCCAUGAAGGCCCAGAGCAUUCAUCCAGCGACUUAGAAGAUUCUGAUGAAGAACGUAAAAGAUAUGAUGAACAAAUGGAAGACUUACUUGAUCAAGCUUAUGAUCGGUUUGUGGUAAAAAAGGAAGGAAGUGCAAAGCAGCGAAAGCGUACCAAGAAAUCCUUUGAUGCAGAGGCCCAACUUUUGGAGGCUGAUGAGGAAGGUGAUAUUGUUCAGUCCAAAUACGAUUCAGAUGAAGAUCAGCGUGAUCAAGAAGCAAAUCCUUUGAUGGUGCCACUUAAUGAUGGGACAGAACCCACCCCAGAGGAGAUCACAAAUAAGUGGUUUAGUCAGGAUGUCUUUGCUGAAGCUGUAGAGGAAGGAGACUUUGAGAAGUCUCAGAGUGAAGAUGAGAUGGAUAUAGAAGGGCCUAAGGAGAACAUGUCCAUUGCAAAAAAGGUCAGAGAAAAUAAAACAAUGGCUUCAGUGAUAGAUGGGCCUAAAUCUCAAGCAUCUAAAGCAGAGGGGGAUUUUGAGAUAGUUCCUGCACCUGCUACUGAUUCAAGCGAUGAUUCAUCCUCUGAUGAAUCGGAGGAGGAAGAUGUUGAAACCAAAGCUGAGAUACUGGCUUAUGCUAAGAAGAUGAUGAGGAAAAAGCAAAGGGAGCAUAUACUGGAUGAUGCAUAUAAUAAGUACAUGUUUGAUGAUGAGGGAUUGCCCAAGUGGUUUCUAGAUGAGGAAAAGAGACACCGCCAACCAAUAAAGCCUGUCACUAAAGAGGAAAUUGAUGCAAUGAAAGCGCAAUUUAAAGAAAUUGAUGCUCGGCCUGCAAAGAAAGUAGCAGAGGCCAAAGCACGAAAGAAGCGUGUUGCGAUGAGGAAGCUUGAGAAGGUACGUAGGAAGGCCAAUGCUAUAUCAGAUCAGACAGAAAUAUCUGAUCGUUCGAAGAGCAAGCAAAUUGAACAACUAUAUAGAAAGGCUGUUCCCAAGAGGCCUAAAAAGGAAUAUGUAGUUGCAAAGAAAGGUGUCCAAGUUAAGACUGGCAAGGGUAAAGUCCUUGUUGAUCGCAGAAUGAAGAAGGAUGCUAGGAAACAUGGAAUGGGUGGUAAGGCAGGAAAAGGAGGUUCCAAGAUGAAGGGUAAGUCUCCGAAGGUGAAAGGAUCUUCAAAGGCCUCUGCUAAGAAGGGAAGAAAGGGGAAUAAAUGAAGAAUAGGGUGAUGCUCAAUUUCUCAGUCACGGGUUUUGUCUUAUUUUCAUGCCUCAAUUUUGUUUGUUCAUUUUGUUCUUCAUAGAGGGAAUCUUAAUUUAAUUAAAAGUUGUCUUAAAUAGCAGCUAAUGAAGGUAUUAAAUUAGAUAUUGAUUAUGGCACACCAAUAUUUGUAAAAAUUGGAGUGUUAAGUAUCUUCAAGUUCAUCGGUUUCUAGCGUUUUA